CUAGUGGUGCCAAAAAUGGCAACUUUCCGAGAAAAGUUGUGGGCUACAGCCCGGGGAAUGAAGGAAUACCAUCUUCUCCGAGAUAACUGAUAGUGAGAGCUCUGCAUGCCACCUCUCAAUCCCAGUAUGUACAAGACUUUGAUUGGAGGCGCAACUCGUUUUCCUGCGCUUCGUCAUUCAAUACCUUGCAGCGGUGGCGGUACAUAGCUGAACCCUAACAGUGAAAAUGGCUUGCCUCAAUAUCAAAGAGACCGAUAUACCAAACUUGGAAGGGCAGACUGCCAUUGUCACUGGUGGUUCGUCCGGCAUUGGAUUGGCUGCUGCAAAGAUCCUAGCAUCCCGAGGAGCUCGCGUUGUUAUUCUCGAUGUCUGCCAACCCAACGAGGCAUUGCCGUCUUCCGCAGAAUUUCGGAAAUGCGACAUCAGUCGUUGGUCUGAUCUUUCCGAUGCAUUCUCCCAGAUCGGACCAGUCCAGAUUGCCAUUGCCAAUGCAGGAGUAGAUGAAGACGGGACAUAUCUGAACGACUCGUACAACGACAAUGGCGACCUUCUCGAACCGAAUUACGACGUGAUCGAUGUGAAUUUCCGAGGCACUCUGAAUUUCGUAAAGCUUGCUUUGCACAGCAUGAAGAGAAAUGGCGCGCAGGGGAGCAUUGUGCUGACAUCAAGCGCAACUGCUUAUUCUCCGGAACAGUCUCUCCCCGUGUACAGUGGGACAAAGGCAGCACUGAUCAAUUACUUGCGAGCGAUGCGCUCAAAUUUACGAGAUACCGGUAUUACUAUCAACGCUGUCGCACCAGCCGCGACUAUCACAGGGCUACUGCCGGCUAAGCUCGCCGCUCCGAUUAUGGAUGCUGGCCUGCCAGUCAGCUCUGCGCAUUUUGUGGGGCUUGCAGUAGUAUAUUCUGCUGUGGCCAUGGAGUCUGAGAAGGUUCAAGCAUAUGGGAAGGACAAUGCCGAGUGGAAAAAAACGCGUGGUCGCUGGAGCGGUAGAGUCAUUCUCACGCUGGGUGAGAGAUACACCGAACUGGAGGGACCUUUGGCGAAUUGUCGCGACACGUGGAUGGGUGCAGAGAACUUGCAAGAGACCGAAAUGCAACAAGCUGCCACAGAUUUCAGACAUGUUUUGUAG